AUGUUCAUCAACAUGAAAUCGGCGGCAUGCUUCGUCGUCCUGGUGCUCUCAAUGGCAUCGGCUAUGCCGUUUGACCAGAUCGCAGCUGGGAAGCCGGCGUAUGACGACGCCUUCUCGCGCAACCUUUUGUGGCCACUCGCCGCCGCUGCAUACGACCCGGAUCCGCAAAAGUGCGCGACGACGGCGAUCCAGGGAAACGUCACCAAGGUGGUCUCCAUCCCGUGCGACCUCUUCAAGGGGGACACCUGCAAGGGCUUCGUUGCCGUCUCCGAGAGCCAGAAGGCAAUCGUCCUCUCUUUCAGGGGCACGGCUGGCACCUUGCAAUUGGUAGAUGAAUUCCUUGAGGCUUUCCAACAGAAGGUUGCUUUCAACGCUGGGCACGUCGCCAAAUAUUUCCUGACCGGCUUCUUGGAUAUCUGGAAUAACGGCAUGAAAGACGCCGUGUUGACGCUGUUCUCGAAAUAUCCGGACUAUCAAGUUUGGGUCACCGGGCACUCGCUCGGCGGAUCAAUGGGAGCGAUUGCUGCCGACUACAUCGUCACCCAGUACCGUAUCGACCCGAAGCGGGUGAAGCUGAUCACCUACGGCGAGCCGAGGACCGGUGAUCAAGCGUUCGCUGAUGACCAUGACCUCAAGAUCCCAUACUCUUUCCGCGUCAUCCACAACCGCGAUCUUAUCCCGCAUCUGCCGUUCCGCGAGCUGUUGAACAUGGACUACGAGCAUCAUAUGACUGAGAUUUGGUACAAGAACAACAUGGCGACCGCCGAUUUUAUGGUGUGCGACCAGGCCCAGGAGCAAAACACAUGCUCCGAUGGCGUACUCGAUGUCUGGGAGCCGGACCACCACGAUUAUUUCAACAUCCACGAUCGUGACGCGUGGACCGCCAAGGGCUGCCCGAAACAA